AUGACAUAUAAUAUAUAUAUAGGAGACUUGAAUGUCUAUAAUUAAACUACUAAUUAAGAAAUAAGUGAUUAAAAAUUGCUCGAUACUACUCAUUUUGAACAAUUGUAAACAAUAUGUAAAAGUUACAAAGAUCAAUGUCUUCCUAAUAUUUGCAAAUAAAGAAUGAUUGGUUGUAUAGAUGAUGAAAUCUAGGUAUUCUCUUCUCUCAUCAUAUUAGGUUGAACAUACUUUAAAUUCAAACAUUUGGAUGAUAUGGGUUCCAGUGCUUUCUAAGUUGGCAAUCCUUACAUUUUGUACUAUUUUCUUAUGUAGGAGAAUGUUUAGAAAAGAAGUUAAAGAAAUAAUUAAUUAAUAAUUCAAUUUUCAAUUGGCUCAAUAUUUUGCAAUGAUUGAAGAUGCUAAAUACACAAAACAAUGA